UCACAGCAACUAAUUACUCCACAAUCAACAUCAAUGGCGACUAAUUCGAGCUUUAAUGGCGGUUGGGUUCGAGUUUUAAUGAUGGUCGGGUUCAUGUUCUUGCCACUGUUGGUUGAUGGCAGCGUUCGUCGCUACAACUUCAAUGUUGUAAUGAAACAAGAGAAUCGAUUGUGCUCAUCGAAGCCCAUAGUGACGGUUAACAGUCAGUUCCCUGGCCCGACACUCCACGCUAGAGAAGGCGACACUGUGCUCGUGAGAGUUGUCAACAAAGUCAAGUACAACGUCUCGAUCCAUUGGCAUGGGAUACGCCAACUACGAACCGGAUGGGCGGACGGGCCCGCAUACAUAACACAGUGCCCGAUUCAACCAGGAAAUAACUACGUUUAUAACUUCACAAUCACGGGUCAACGAGGAACCCUUUUCUGGCAUGCACAUGUUCUAUGGCUUAGGGCUACGGUUCAUGGUGCUAUCGUCAUUUUGCCUAAACUUGGAGUUCCAUAUCCUUUCCCCAAACCAGAUGUUGAACAAGUCGUCGUCUUAGGCGAAUGGUGGAAGUCAGACACUGAAAAAGUGAUUAAUGACGCUUUAAAAUCGGGUUUGGCCCCAAAUGUAUCAGAUGCACAUACUAUAAACGGCCAUCCAGGAGCUGUCACGGGUUGUCAAUCACAAGGUGGAUUUCAAUUAAGCGUAGAAAAUGGAAAAUCAUACAUGCUACGUAUAAUCAAUGCUGCACUCAACGAAGAACUCUUUUUCAAAAUCGCCGGUCAUAAACUCACGGUGGUGGAAGUCGAUGCCACCUACGUUAAACCCUUCACCACCAACACGAUCGUCAUAGCACCUGGCCAAACUACCAACGCGAUCAUCACCGCCAGCAAAUCCUCCGGCAAGUUCAUGAUGGCAGCCUCUCCAUUCAUGGACUCACCGAUCGCUGUAGACAACAAAACCGCCACCGCCACCCUCCACUACACCGGAACCCUAAGCACCACCUCCACCACCCUAACCAUCCCACCACCACAAAACUCCACUGCCACCGCCAACAACUUCAUCGAUUCACUCCGUAGCUUGAACUCUAAAAAGUUUCCUGCCAAUGUACCAUUGAAAAUCGAUCACUCGUUGUAUUUCACAGUCGGGCUUGGGAUCAACGCGUGCCCGACUUGUAAAGCGGGCAAUGGGUCUCGGGUUGUGGCGAGUAUUAAUAAUGUUACAUUUGUUAUGCCCACUACUGCUCUUCUACAAGCACAUUACUUUAACAAAAAGGGGGUUUUCACUACUGAUUUCCCGGGUAACCCGCCCGUUUCUUUCAAUUAUACCGGAGCCCCGCCCGCAAAUUUGGCUACAAGUAGCGGCACUAAGGUUUAUAGGCUAAAAUACAACUCUACGGUGCAAUUGGUGUUACAAGAUACAAGUAUUAUUUCUCCGGAAAACCACCCGGUUCAUUUGCAUGGGUUUAAUUUCUUUGCUGUAGGUAAGGGUUUGGGCAAUUAUAACCCCAAAGUGGAUCCGAAGAACUUUAAUUUGGUUGACCCGGUGGAAAGGAACACUAUUGGUGUGCCAUCGGGUGGAUGGGUAGCUAUUCGAUUCAGAGCGGAUAAUCCUGGUGUUUGGUUUAUGCAUUGCCACUUAGAAGUGCAUACAACUUGGGGGCUAAAAAUGGCAUUUUUAGUCGACAAUGGGUCCGGGCCAAAUGAGUCGAUAUUGCCACCUCCGAAGGAUCUUCCAAAGUGUUAGAGAAGAGAAUAAAGAAAUAAGUAUGAUUUGAGUAUUUAGAAUAUAUAUUUGUUUCUUGAGCAAAUAAAUGGUUUGUUCAAGUAAAUUUACAAUAAAAAUUCAUGUAUUUUUGUUACAAUAUAUUUUAUUAAAUGAAAUUAUGUGGGUUAUAAAUA